CGUCGUCUAAUAUUGCUCUGAUAAACAUUCAACGAAAGGGUUUUUCUGGGCAGCCGUGAAAAUGGCGAGAAACUGCAGUUUCUUCACAAUAAUCAGCACCUCUAAUAUCAUCUUAGCAUUAUUAUUGUUAUUAUUAUCGAUGAUUUCAGAUUCUGCAGCUUAUAGGCCUGGAGAUAUCGUUCCGAUGAGCAAAAUGGGUCAAUAUCACUCAUCACGAACGGUUUGGCAUGAUAUGAUUGGUCGCCACUGCCCGAUCUUUGGUGUAAAUCGUGAGGUAUUGGUUCCUAUAUCUAAACCAACUGGUUUCACCGGAGCUGAUCCUUACAAAAUAUCAUUUCAAGUUGGAAAAGAGAAGUAUUACAUUCCAUGGCUACUUGUGAUAAAUCGUAAGAGUUCCGAGGUCCCAAUGAUUGAUGUGCAUCUGAGGUACUCAGGAAGUGAUUUUCUUGGUGUCACUGCUAAGGUUGUAGACAUGCCACAUCAUUAUGUGGAGCUUCAUCCUGACAUUGGCAAGCAGUUUUGGGAUGCACAAAUAUGGCCAAAACAUGUUCUUGUCAGAUACACAUGGGAGGAACAAUCAGAAAUAGAUGUUACUUCUGGAUUCUAUGUUCUUUUUGGAUCAGGGCUUCUUAUGUCCUUCGUUCUCUCUAUUUACGUUUUGCAAUCUUCUCGCGAUAAAAUAGAAAGAUUUGUUAGAGAGACGGUAGCCGAAAGCAGCAUUCCUGGCGGAGUGGCAAAAGUCGAAUGAGUCCUUUUCUUGAUUGUAAGAUGUAAGUGACAUCGAUCUUGUGGUUCGCUUGUGUUGUCGAUGAGAACCGAAAUCUGGAGAUCGUUUGUACGUAGGAGGUUUUUUUUUUGCCUUGUCUUUAUUAUUAGUACAAUCGAAAUUAAUACAAUUUUCUUCCCUAAGGAAUAGA